AUGACGUCCACAUCAGCCGCUUCUCCGCUGGUCCAACGCAUCAUCGAGGUCACCAAGAAACGAUUCAGCAAAUACGUGUCGCUCGACGAGGACGAGCUUGAGGAACUGGCGGAGAAACUCGCCUUCACCAUCCGCUAUAAGUACAGCAGUCCGCCUCCUCGAGAAGAGACCAUCGUCAACCGCGCCAUCGAGCCCCCUCCCUUCGUCUGUUCAUCCUGCCGGCAUACGCCCAUGGCAAGUACAACCAUGGUUCUAGUUCCCCCACACUCGAAGUCCUAUACGAAGGCAAGCCUGUCGUAG